AUGUCGACCGAGAGCAAAAUCACCAACUGGGUCGAUCCCAAUGACAAAUCCGGAGAAUUCAAGCGCAAACCAUCCGCUUUUCGGAACUGGAUCUCGAGGGAAGCUGGAGCGCAGUUCCCGCCGGAAAAGGGCCGGUAUCAUCUUUAUGUGUCCUAUGCAUGCCCUUGGGCGCAUCGGACGUUGAUUACUCGAAAGCUGAAGGGCCUAGAGGACUUUAUCUCUAUUACAUCCGUGCACUGGCAUAUGGGCGAGCAAGGAUGGCGGUUUGUGACUCCUGAUGAGAAACUUCCUGGCGAAACGCAUCCGGACCUAUUGCACAAUUUCUCGCAUAUUCGCCAGAUCUACUUUGAGUCGGAUAAGAAUUAUGAGGGUCGAUUUACCGUGCCAGCGUUGUAUGACAAGAAGACAAAGCGGAUCGUGAGCAAUGAGAGCUCCGAAAUCAUCCGCAUGCUCUACUCUGAAUUCGACAGUCUUCUACCGGAGAAAUACCGGAGUAUCGAUCUCUUCCCUCAAAAUCUGAGGAAGGACAUCGAGGAAACGAACGAGUGGGUAUAUGACACCGUAAACAACGGCGUCUACAAGUGCGGAUUCGCAACAACUCAAGAAGCCUAUGAAGCAGCCAUCUGGCCCCUCUUCUCCUCCCUCGACCGCAUCGAAUCCCACCUUGCUUCGAAAUACGAUCCUUCAGACCCAUCCAGCAUCUACUUUUUCGGAAAUACCGUCACCGAAGCCGACAUACGCCUGUAUACCACAAUCAUCCGCUUCGACCCGGUUUACGUGCAGCACUUCAAAUGCAACGUGCGAGACAUUCGCUCCGGGUACCCGGCCAUCCAUCGCUGGCUAAGACACUUGUAUUGGGAUAUUCCGGCGUUCGGUGAGACGACGGACUUCGAGCAUAUCAGGAAACACUAUACCAAGAGUCAUAAGCAGAUCAAUCAGUUUGCGAUUACGCCGGUGGGGCCGGUGCCGGAUAUUCUGGGAAAGGAUGAGGAGGUUGGAGCUGUCCAGAAGAAGAUUUGAGUCCGAACAGAAGGAGUUGUUAAGAAAAUCUCCAUAUUGUUUCAUCCGAAACUCUGGAUCUGUUAAUGACGUGUAGAAUCCCGUUCUCUGUGCCCCAGAGAGCUCUACCAAGACUAUAAAUAAACAAAUGAGGGUUGUAAAUAUUUUUGAGUCGCUAUGCAACGAUCUGGCUACCUAUCUAAGGAGGGCUCAAAUUUUAAAUCAAAUAAACGCGAGAGCCAAUGCCAGGCGCUUGACCACAAUAUUAAAUGCAGCAGGUAAACAUCCAGAUGUUGGGGACACCAAAAGUAGAACUCAUGGGUGCCCACGGGUAUGGGAACAGAGCAUCAAACCAAAAUACAUAUAUCGCUCAAAAUGCAGUAUGCAAUGCAGCACCAAGAAGGCAAGAAGAUAUAGAGAUACAUGGAAACUUUGAAAUAAUGAUUCAGCUUUCCAGCUGGGGUAUCAUAACCACAAUGGAUGGCAUUAGGGUGUAUCACAUGCAAUGGGAGGGAAAAAAAGGAGAAUACCAAUUUCCAUUAGCACGGGAAGCAACGAGAAUCGUACCAUACGAAUGCGCCAGGUGUCAUUCCUCUGAUUAGCUCAAUCCAAGGAGUCUCUUUGAAUUCUCGUAUACGAUGUAGCUGAUCGACACCGACGGUACCACCUUCAGCAAAUUUGGCGUUAAUCCUCUAUAAAGGCCACGGACUCCUUCGCUUUCGAAAGUUUUUCGAGCUACGUCCACGAUACCCGUAUACGUGGCCUUGUGUUGAGUGGUUCCUUGCGCCUGUAGACGUGUCCGAAGGACGUUUAAAGGGUAGACCAUUGAUGCACUGAGAGCACCGCUAAAUGCUCCUAUGGCACCAGUGGUGAAGUUGCUGAGUGGUGCGUCUUCUUCAUGACAACGGAGAAGGUGGGCUUUGCGACUAAUCAGAGUUGAUUUAAGAUAUUCGAAGGUCAUAAGGUCAAUGGCCGCAUAGGGGAACAUUCCUAUGAGGCCCAGUUGAAGACCACGAUAGUAAGCGAAAACACCGUUGGUCGACCACAUCUUCCUGGCAGUUGCAAUGAUGAGACGGUUACCACGAAGACCACCUUCCACGGUUUCGCAUUGCAUG